CCGCCAUUGUUGCCAGUUUCUCUAGCUCCAACCUUCUUGUUCUUCUUUUCCUUACGUCGAAAUCAACAUUGCGUUUUCUCGGUGUUGUUUUGCUGUGAAUUGAAGAACUGACUCUGAAUUUGUUGCAUUCUGCUCCGUUGAAAUGAUUUUGAGCUUCUUUCUGUUAUUGAGUUUCUCGAGUGUUUGAUUGUGUUACGAUUGCAUUUGAUCUGGAUCUGACGAGUAUUGGAGUAGCUUUGGGGAGUGUAGGCGUUGAUUGAUGGUCAUCCGAAAGAGUUCGUUUUGGACAAGAUAUUGUCGUUCGACAUUGCUCCGAAAAUCAAGUGUGGUUAUUCGUUUCUCCUCAGCAUUAGAUGUUAUGGGAUUUUCUCCGUUGGGUGAUUGAUCUGUGACGUAGUUAUAUUACCUUUUGAUCAUAUUGGAGAAAUUUGUGUAUUGAGGGUUCUGCUUUUGUUCUUCAACAAUGGUGCUCGGUUUGAAAGGAAAGCAUAGGAGGGGUGACAUUAUUCAAGCUGAUUAUAGGAUCCAUGUUCAGGAUAUAAAACCCUGGCCACCCUCACAGUCGCUUACGUCCCUCCGCUCUGUGUUUAUUCAAUGGGAGAAUGGCGAUCGCCACUCUGGAUCUACUAAUCUUGUUGUUCCAACCAUUGGGUCUAUAGUUGGUGAGGGAAAAAUUGAAUUCAACGAAUCUUUUAAGUUACCUGUGGCUUUGGUAAGGGACAUGCCUGUUAGAGGUAAGGAUGCUGAUACAUUCCAGAGGAACAUUUUAGAAUUCAACUUGUUUGAGUCUCGCAGAGAAAAGACUGCAAAAGGCCAAUUGUUGGCUAGUGCCACCGUAGACUUAGCUGAAUUUGGUGUUGUGAGAGAGACAGUAUCUGUUACUACUCCAAUGCAUUGCCAGAGGAACUUCAAGAACACACUUCAGCCAAUCUUGUCCAUUAAAAUUCAGCCAAUUGACAAGGGACGGACCAAUAACUCACUUAAGGAUACCCUGUCCCGGAGGAUGUCAUUGGACAGUUACGAAGGCGAAUCUGUUUCAGCUGCUAUGCAUGAAGAAUAUGCUGAUCCAAAUAAGAUUGCGUCUUUUACUGAUGAUGAUGUUUCGUCUCACUCUUCCAUGACGACUUCUUCUGCUUUAGAACCUGAUGGUUGUGUACCACCUCAAACUGAAGAGAAUGGCCUGAGUACGUUGAUCCAUGGGACUACUGAUAAUAGACAGGAGCAUGCUUCCAUUUCAAAAUUGGAGCCUGAAAAAUCUAAUGUGUCACCAGAGAAUGGAGCACAUGGAGAUUUGAAUGUGAAUUCAUCUUCUUCUUCAUCAAUAGAAUUAUCCUCUGGUCCUGGGAGUCCUGAAAAUGGUCAUAAUUCUAUGUCUAGCUCCCCAACUGUUGGUUCAAUGUCCCUUGAAAAAAAUGGUAGAAAAAGUUAUACAGUUUACUUUUCUUCAUCUUCAAAAAACGAACAGCAUGAGGAUGAUAUCCACAACCAUGUGAAGAUUGAAAAAGCUGAACAUUCGGGUAAGGAGAGUAAUGGAAGGAAAUUCAAUGGAAUGGAUUAUGAGGAAGCUUCAAAUGUUGAAACAAAAGAGGAUGGAGCUGAUGACAUCUUAGCUAGACAAGAUGAUGUGGGAAUCCAUGCAAUAUCUCCCGGACGUGGAAGCAUAGUUCAGAAAAAUGACAGAUUAAAGCAUGUGAAGUCGGUUCGAUCGCCAUUAGAAUCAGCUAAAUGCAAUGGGUUUGGUAGUAAGCAGCUUGUUGGAGUUGAGGAAACUGGUGCUCCAGGAUAUUCAGAUAAUAGCUUGGAAAGUAUCAGAAGAAAUGAAAGAAAGGAUUCUAAACCAUAUGCAAAGGAUACAAAAAAUUCCAUUUUGGACAGCAAAGUCCAGCAAUUACAACACAAGAUAAAGAUGCUUGAGGGAGAGUUGCGAGAAGCAGCAGCAAUUGAGGCAGCUCUUUACUCUAUAGUUGCUGAACAUGGAAGUUCCAUGAAUAAGGUCAAUGCUCCUGCACGGCGUCUUUCAAGGCUGUAUCUUCAUUCUUGUAGAGAAAGCUCUCAGUCACGGAAGGCCUAUGCUGCUAGAAGUAUUGUUUCUGGAUUUGUUUUGAUAGCAAAAGCUUGUGGAAAUGACGUGCCCAGAUUGACUUUCUGGUUAUCAAAUUCAAUAGUCCUGAGAACAAUAAUAAGUCAGGAUGCUGUGAGCCGGAAACUGCAAGUUUCUUCAGGAUCUCAUACAACCAAAAGUGGUGCUAACAAAGAAAGUAGUAAAGUGGCAUCUACAUUAAAAUGGAAAGCAUCGUCUCCAAACAAAAGAGAGAAUGGGAAUGCCAGGCAUGGAAGUUCUGAUGACUGGGAAGACGCACACACUUUUACAUCUGCCUUAGAGAAGGUUGAGGCUUGGAUCUUCUCCCGUGUCAUCGAGUCCAUAUGGUGGCAGACAUUGACUCCACACAUGCAGUCAACAACAGCAAAAACUAUUAAUCAAGUUUCCAGUCCAACCUCAAGGAAGAGCUAUAAGAGAAGUUCUAGUUCAGUUGAUCACGAUCAAGGCAACUUCUCAUUGGACCUUUGGAAGAAAGCUUUCAAGGAUGCCUGUGAAAGAAUUUGCCCUGUCCGAGCUGGGGGACAUGAGUGUGGUUGCUUGCCUCUUCUGUCCAGAUUGAUAAUGGAGCAAUGUGUUGCUAGAUUGGAUACAGCGAUGUUCAAUGCCAUUCUCCGUGAUUCUGCUGAUGAGAUGCCAACUGAUCCUGUAUCCGACCCCAUUAGCGAGUCUAAAGUUCUCCCAAUUCCAGUUGGGAAAUCGAGUUUUGGGGCUGGCGCACUACUUAAGAAUGCAAUUGGAAACUGGUCGAGAUGGUUGACCGAUCUUUUUGGCUUGGACGAUGAUGAUCAAUGUGAAGACGAAAAUGAUAACGAUGAAGGGAAAGAUACCACUACCCUCAAGUCCUUCCAUCUACUAAAUGCAUUGAGUGAUCUCAUGAUGCUUCCAAAGGACAUGCUCCUGAACCAAUCGAUAAGAAAAGAGGUAUGCCCUUCAUUUGGUGCACCAGUAAUCAAGCGAAUUCUCGAAUGUUUUGUUCCAGAUGAGUUCUGCGAAGAGCCAAUCCCUGAUGCUGUUCUCAAAGCUCUGGAUAUCGAGGAGGAUCCAUCUGAAGUCGACGACAAGUUCGUCAUGAAUCUCCCGCACGCAGCAGCUCCCAUCGUCUAUCAUCCACCCUCGGUAGCUUCUGUAGCGGCAUUCAUUGGCGAGGUCAGUACAAAGCCCGAGUUAAGAAGAAGUGGGUCUUCAGUGCUCAGAAAAUCUAACACCAGCGAUGAUGAGCUGGAUGAGUUGAGCUCACCCUUUGCUUCUAUUCUCGACACCACAGUUUCUCCAUCAACUCCAGCUAAGUCGAGUAGGACUUCUGAGAAAAAUCGCAACCAAAAUGCUACAAGGUACGAACUUCUUCGAGAUGUAUGGGGUGAAUAGCAAGUAAUCCAUUCUCAUGGUUAGAACCCUUAUCUAUUUGAAAAAAAAAUAUCAGCUGGAUUACAAUGUUAGACUUAGAUAGAAGUUAAGGCAGUGAGUUUGGGGACUGUAUAUCUGUAUAGAGUAAUAUGAGUUUCUUGUAGAACUGUUCAAUCUGUGCUCCAUUUUUUUGGCCAGAAAUUCUAUAACUGGAAUUAAUGUCAGCAGUUGAAAUGCUCACUUCA